AUGGACAAUAAACUAAAUUUAACUUACAUAACACUUAAUGGGUAUGUAGAGGUGGAAAAGUACAGAUAUGUCUAUUUUCUGAUUAUUUUUACAAUAUAUGCUGCAGUAAUUUUCUCUAAUUCCACCAUUAUUUGUCUUAUUUUGUUUCAUCAAAGCCUUCAUGAGCCCAUGUAUAUUUUUAUUGCAGCUUUAUUAUUGCAAAGGUGUAGAGAAGUCAGGAAAAAAGCUGCACAGACCUGCUUACCUCACCUGCUGGUUUUAUUCAACUAUUCAUUCUUCUGUACAUGUGAAGUUAUUAUACUUCGACUGGAAUCUGAUAUUUCACAGACUGUACGUUUAAUAAUGACUUUGCAAGUGGUUUUAUAUCAUCCACUAUUUAAUCCAAUCAUAUAUGGACUAAAAAUGAAAAAAAUUUCUAAACACCUAAAGAGAUUGUUCUGCUAA